AAAUGAAAUGAUAGUAAGACGAGGACUCGUAGUUGCCCUUGGCUCCCACUUUCUCGCACCUAAUCUUCGUCCUCUCUCUUGCCUCCCUCCUCUUCUUCCUCUUCCUCGCCGCCGAUCUAAUCCACGGUUGUUCUGUUCCUCUUACUCCUCUUCAUCGGGAGACAUGGCGGAAACGAGAUCACCUCCCGCGGCGAAGAAAGUGGAGCAUGUGAUGCAGAUGUUCGGUGACGUUAGGGUUGACAAUUACUACUGGCUCCGUGACGAUUCUCGUUGCAAUCCAGACAUGCUUUCUUACCUCCGUGAAGAAAACGACUACACUGGUUCCGUCAUGUCUGGGACUAAGCAAUUUGAGAAUCAGCUGUUUGCUGAAAUAAGAGGGAGGAUCAAAGAAGAUGAUAUAUCUGCACCUCUACGAAAGGGUCCUUACUACUAUUACAAGAAGAAUCUUCAAGGCAAGGAAUAUGUUCAACACUGUAGGCGUUUGAUCGCCGACAACAAAGCUGAGCCUUCUGUCUAUGAUACCAUGCCAACUGGUCCUGAUGCUCCUCCUGAGCAGAUAAUAUUGGAUGAGAAUAUCAAGGCCCAAGAGUAUGACUACUACAGUAUUGGUGCCUUCAAGGCCAGUCCCGAUCAUAAAUUGGUGGCGUAUGCAGAGGACACAAAAGGUGAUGAGAUAUAUACAGUCAAUGUCAUCGACUCUGAGACUCUGAAACCAUUAGGACAGCCGCUAAAAGGACUGACUUGUUAUCUUGAAUGGGCUGGUAAUGAUGCUUUGGUCUACAUUACUAUGGACGAAAUCCUGCGACCUGAUAAGGUUUGGUUGCAUAAGUUGGGGACAGAACAAUCCAAUGAUGUAUGCCUUUACCACGAGAAGGAUGAUAUGUUUUCUCUUGAUCUUCACGCCUCUGAGAGCCAUAAGUAUAUAUUUGUUGCAUCCGAAAGCAAAACUACAAGAUUUGUCUUCUCGCUUGAUGUUUCCAAGCCUCAGGAUGGACUCAAGGUGCUGACACCUCGUGAAGAUGGCAUUGAUUCAUCCGUCAGUCAUCGAGGAAACCACUUUUUCAUCCAGAGAAGGAGCACUGAGUUUUACAACUCAGAACUGGUGGCCUGUUCAGUUGAUGACACGUCUAAGACAACAGUUCUGAUUCCACAUAGAGAAAGUGUAAAGAUUCAGGAAAUUCAGCUCUUUCGAGAUCAUCUUGCAGUAUUCGAGCGUGAACAGGGAUUGCAGAAGAUAACAGUGCAUAGGCUUCCCGCUGAGGGACAGCCUCUGAACAUACUCCAAGCUGGUCGUAGCGUUAGCUUUGUUGAUCCGGUCUAUUCAAUUGACUCAACAGAGUCUGAAUUUUCGUCCAGUGUUUUAAGGUUCCGCUACAGCUCGAUGAAGACACCUCCUUCCGUGUAUGACUAUGACAUGGAUAGUGGCACUUCUGUUAUCAAGAAGAUUGACACAGUAUUGGGAGGUUUUGAUGCGUCGAACUAUGUUACAGAAAGGAAAUGGGUCACUGCAGCUGACGGAACUCAAAUUCCAAUGUCUAUUGUUUAUAACAAAAACCUUGCAAAGCUCGAUGGGUCUGAUCCGUGUCUGCUGUAUGGAUAUGGUUCAUAUGAGAUCUCUGUAGAUCCGUAUUUCAAGGCAUCAAGGUUAUCCUUGUUAGAUCGUGGUUUUAUCUAUGUAAUUGCCCACGUUCGUGGGGGUGGUGAAAUGGGGAGACAGUGGUACGAGAACGGGAAGCUGUUGAAAAAGAAAAACACGUUCACUGAUUUUAUAGCUUGCGCUGAGUCUUUAAUAGAACUCAAGUAUUGCUCAAAGGAAAAACUGUGUGUCGAAGGAAGAAGUGCUGGUGGACUGCUGAUGGGUGCUGUUCUUAACAUGAGGCCUGACUUGUUCAAGGUGGUUAUCGCUGGAGUUCCUUUUGUAGACGUUUUGACAACAAUGCUGGACCCAACUAUUCCGCUUACGACAUCAGAAUGGGAGGAGUGGGGUGACCCCAGAAAGGAAGAAUUUUACUUCUACAUGAAGUCAUAUUCCCCUGUUGACAAUGUUACGGCGCAGAAUUAUCCAAAUGUUCUUGUAACUGCUGGGUUAAAUGAUCCAAGGGUCAUGUACUCUGAACCUGCCAAGUUUGUGGCGAAACUGAGAGAAAUGAAGACUGACAACAACUUGCUUUUGUUCAAAUGUGAGCUUGGCGCUGGACAUUUCUCAAAAUCUGGGAGAUUCGAGAAGCUUCAGGAAGAUGCGUUUACCUUUGCGUUCAUGAUGAAAGUUUUGGACAUGAUUCCUGCUUCUGCUUGAAUGCUCACAAGAAAGCAUCUAAAGAGUUUAGAUUGGUGUAUGCGCUCUUUUCUUUAAGCUCAGAUUCCUUCUAUACACAUUUUUAUGCGUUUGCUAAUAAAGAGUUAAAGACUUUAAAAGGAGCUUAUAAAAAAGGCUUAACGAUGGCCUGAAAAUGCUUAACGAUGGUCCUUGAGCGAUCAUAGAGAUCUAAAAAAUGGACAAACUAAUCUGUGUUGCUUAUUUUAUUUUAAAUGGAUUUGUUUGAUUCUGAGUAUUAUAACGUUGCUAAUUGCAUGCAUGUGAAGUUUUCUUGACGAUAUAGAACAUUCCAA